CUUCGGGUUACGAUUGCACCAUGGCAGCUUUCGUACGGUUUCUGGCGCUCAUGAAGGUCCGUCGAGCGCUCAUCUAGGUGGGAAAUGGGCGCAGUGACGGUCAAGAGUGCAAGCAGACAGCAUGGAGCCCUCCGCUGUGUUCCUUUUCCUCAUUUCGUCCGCAGACAGAAGAAGCCGCCUUUGAGCAGUGGAGGCGGGCGACUCGGAGGAGAACUCCGAGGCAAGAUGGGCCGCGCAGAUGACCAUCCGGACAUCAACAACCAGCAGGGCUUCUACAUGCCACCGCCCAGGUGAAUGAGUGCAGUGCCGACACACACCUGACAGAUCCAUCCAUCCAUCCAUCCAUCCGUCAGGUUCCCUCAGGCGUUCGGCCCCUUCCCUCCCCGCCCCAGGCCUUCCCGGCCUUCCCCUCCGUCAGCCCCGCCGUGCAGACGCUCCUCGACCAGCUCCCCGUCGACGACCGACCCGACUACCUGCCCAUCAGUCCCAUCCUGCAGGACAUCCCCCGACAGCCCCUCGUCACCAUCCACGGCGACAACCACAGCGGCUUCCAGCUGGGUCACACCUACGAGCGGCCGUGUCUGAUGCAGUGGCUCAACAGCAAGGGCUUCUCGCCCAUGAGCAAGCGGACGCUGACGGGGAGCCGUGUGGCGAGCAACCAUGAGGUCUUGUCGCGGAUUGAGGAUUGGGGGCGGGAGCAGAGCAGCUGCGUCUUCGGCAUGGGUGUGUGGGUGUGGGUGAAGAUGGAGAGGCAGCGGGAAAGGGAGGGGGCAAUGAGGGUGAGAGGGAUAGCUCUGCUGCUGCGGCGGCGGCGGCGGCGGCAGGUGGUGGUGGUGGUGGUGUUGCAGCCGGCCACGGCAACAAGAUUGAGAUAGGUACCGUCACAAAGGGUCGGGGCUGAGGUGUCUGUGAUGCAUUGUGUUGUGUUGUUUGUGGGGCGGGGUCAGAUUUGACUCUGUCGCCGGCGCCGAACGUCCUUCGGCCUGGUCCAGCAGCAGCUGCUGCUGCGGCUGCUGCAGCCUACAACACACCGGUACCCACAACACAUUGAUAUGUUGUCCUGUGGGUGGGUGUCCAUUCCAUUCACUGGUCCUGCCUCGGUGUGUGUGUUGCGUCUGUUGCGUCUGUCUGGCAGGUUGACGACUCGUCUGACGACCUGUUGGCGUCGCUGCCGCAGGAGGAGGAGCUCAAUGGCGAGGCCAUGAAUCCUCCCCCACACCAUCAAGCUGCUGCUGCUGGGGUAUAUCUAGAUUACGUCGAUUUCCAUCCAUUGAGUCAUGAUCAUGUUUGCGCAUCCAUCGAUGGCUCAUGCCUGCCUGCUGUUGGACUGUCAGCGCCUGUUGGAUGAGCGCCCGCUGGGUCCGGCGUGGCUUCGCCAGCUCUUCAGGCACUUCCGCCCCUUCGGGUUCAGGGGGCGACCACCGCUCUUCGUACGCAAUGCACCCACGCCAAACUCGAACGCACUGGACGCCCUCUUGUGCAACGCUGUUCUCUCUUUGGUGUGGUGUGGCAUGUGUGCGUGUGUGUGAACAGCGCCCUCGUCCCGCCAUCCCCCCCUGGGCGCAGCGCAGGCAGCAGACGUAUGGUGAGGCCGCUGGGGCUGCCGGCGGUGAUGGUGGGGGUGGUGUUGGUGUUGGUGUGGGUGCGGGCAAUGGGCAGCGCAAUGUGCGGCCGCGAUUCAUGAUUGAAAUUGAAGUGGAAGGGGGGCACUGUAGCGAAUGGGUGAGUGCUUGCGUGAGUGGAUGGUUGUGUAUAGCUGCCAUGGUGUAUAUAGCUGGAUGGAUGGGUGGCGUCACCGGCGUGUUGUUAAUCCAUACCUUGCUACGUACCCACACGCCAACCAUCCGUGAUUUCCCCGAACGCCCAACCACUCAGCCGACAAAAGGGCAAAAGUCAAUCCCACACACCGAGGAAAGAGAUGGAGAAACGGACCACACGACGCCGGGAGGCGAGAAUUCGAAUUCUCGCCGUCUCGAGACGGUUUUCAAUUUUUCCGCGCCAGCUCUCCUCAUUUCUCACUGUCCGCCUCGUAAUUCCUUCGUUUCUUCUCAUUUUUCGGCGGGAGUGGUCGGGCGCCAUCGGCCCGCAGCCCCCCCGGCCCGCCGCCGGCGGGAGGGCGACCACAUCGUCCUCACCGUCGGCGAGAGGGAGGUGCGCUACUUCUUCCAGGAGCAGCGCAAGAAGGGCGGCUUCUACGACUUCUCGUGCGGCUUCAAGGCCAUGAACAUGGCCAUGGGGAGCCUCACGCUGCCCAAUCACCUGUUCCGCAAGAAGGACCUCCAGCUGCCGUUUGAAGAGCACCUGCAAGGACCGGUAGGUAGGCAGUGAGAGAGACCACACACUCACACACACAUCCAUCCAUCCAUCCAUCUCUUGUGCUGUCUGUCUGUCAGAUAUCCGCUGCCGAGGCCGGAGACUACCUGAACAAGUACACAGAGCUGACGGCCGUGGUCCUCUCCGACGUAAGUGCGACGCACACACACCACAACAAACACAGCCCAUCCGUCCGCUCAUUGUCUUUGGAUCGAUGGACGCACCAGGUGUAUGGUAAGGACCUGUCGCAGAGGAUUGCCCACCUGGGCGGCACGAGCUCGAGUGACGUCACAGGCGUCAUCAUGACCACAGAGGCGAGGCCCUUUCCCGGCGAUAACCAGACGGUGGACCCAUAUGCAGUACAUCCGGCUGCUGGGCGAGGGCCUGUGGCUCGACCAGGACUCGAUUACGGAGCUGCCCGACGGCGGGAGGGGCGACAGGGUGCUGCUGACCAACGAGCGGCUGACCAACCUCAUCGCCAGGGACCAACACUUCGGGUUCCUCAAGACGGGCUUCGAGGACAUCGACAUGUAUCAGCAGUACUCGGCCAUCGCACUCGUCAGCUCGCCGGUCGCCCGACACCGAGCCAUGAACCCCCCUUCCCCUCCCCCACAGGCACCCCCCCAGGCACCCCCACAGGCACCCCCUGCCCAUCCCCUUCCCCCUGCAGACGGCGACCAGGCCAUGGCGGGCGGGGCGGCUGCUGCCGCCGACGAGGCCUUACAGCCGCCCUUCUUGCGCUGUAAGGGCAGCUAUAUUACGAGCUCUCGUGCGGGUUCAAUACGAGGGACACCAGGAGACACCAGGAGACGCCAGCAACGGUGUAGUGCCAUCAGUUGCCCUCUUCAAGCCGCCGCCUCAGCCGAAGGCCCCGCAAAACGGUCAGAGGCGCACGCAGGCGCCCAAUGGAGUAAUGGCGGGGGCCGGAGGACCUGCAGCCCCACCAGAUUCAGCCAUUAUUGCCCAACACAUCACACGGGAUAAUAACCUGCUACACGUGAGAGAGAUUAUGCACAGAGACUCCCAUGUGUACCAAAGCACAUGACGGGAUCCAUCACGUCGCGCGUAUCUCUGUCCGUCUCUCUGUGCAGCAGAGGCUUGGGAAUCGCGAGGUCAGAGCUGACCUGACGGCCCAGAGUGUGGGAGUCCACCGCCGCCAGAGUACAUACGAACCACAAGGAGGACGCAAGCCUGGACAAUUUUCCACUCCAAAUACGGUGUGUUUGCAUGUCAGACGAAGUGUUGAGAGAUCCGACCGGAAUUGCGGUUCAGGGAGAAUAGGGGUCGGAGCAUGCCCAUCACGGUAAGACCAGAAGCACUCACUGUCUGAUAGACGCCAAGUAGCCGGAGUGGUUGGUGCAGCGAGUGAGCGAAGCCAUCACACACACACACACACACGCAUCCCUCCCUCCCUCCCUCCCUCCCUCCUGCUUUUGUCUCUGUCUGCGCCUCGGUCAGGCUGAGGGCCUUUUGCAGAGGACACUCUCAAAAAUCGCUACCUACAUUUUAUAUCUGGACGAGCCUCUCCCAGCAAAUGCAUCAUGUCCCACUCACUUCUCGAGACACUGCGCCAGACACCAGGCAACAAUCAUGGUAAUUGGAGAACACACAGAGCUGACAAAUACUUACUUAGUCAAUUGUGUGUUUGCAUGACAGACCGAGUUGGGGGAGAUCCAACCAGGGCUUCGCUUCAAAGAGAAUGGGGGCCGCAGCAUGCCCAUCAGUAUAAUUAAGACCAGAAAGACUGUUUGUGUGUGUGUGUGUGUGUGUGAGCAGUACUCUGGUGAGGUUGAAAGGCUGCGUAGUGAGCUGAGCAAGUCGGCCGAGGAGUACACCAGCGAGUUGACCAAGGUGAGUUGGAAUGGUGCAGGGAGGGAGUCAGUGAAGGAAUUGGUGGGUGGAUGGGACGGUGGGUGCACUGAUUGCUCUGGAGAGAGAGGAUGGAUGGAUGGAUUGUGUGUGUCUGUGUGUGUGUGUUGGUUCAGGUCAAGUCCAGUUUGGAGGCCGUGCAGAGUGACAAGGACCGUCAGCUGGACCAACGCCAAGCCAACGUCGACCAGAUGAGUGAGUGGAUCAUGAGACGAGCGAGGCGGGCACACCCACAAACUAACAGACAUCCAUACAUCCACACACAAAUCCCUCCCUCUCUCCGGGAGACUCUCCCUAGCCAACACACACACACACGUACGCAACACACCACAGCAACUCUGUCUGUGUGUGUGUGUGUGUGUCUAUGUGUGCUUUAGAGGCGCCGCCCACAGAUUCGCCCUGCUUUCGAGCCCUACAGCCCGCCGCGCCACACAGAAGUGUCGAUGCCCCCCCAAACACACGCCGUCGCCCCUCCACCUACCCCUUUCCAGGUACAGCAAUCCAGGUAUGCAUUGGACAAACACACAGCUGACGAAUAAAAAUAUUUGUUGUGCAUUUGCAUGUCAGACUGAGUUGGGGACCAUCCACCCUGAGCUGCGCUUUAGGGAGAAUGGGGGCUGCAGCAUGCCCAUCCGGGUAGUUAAGACCAGAAAGACUGUGUGAUAAUAGACCUCCGCUCAUGCGUUGUGGCUUUUAUCAAUCAGGGUGCAUGACUGACGUGCUGACUGACUGACGGGAUGGGACGAUGCUGACUGACGGUGGGUGCGUGUGUGCAGCUGUGAUGACUGACGUGGUUUGCUUUUCGGACAUACAUGCAGGAAGGGUGCGUGCAUGAGGCACAUACUUCCUUGUGUUGUGCGCUUUGUCCUGGUCCUGGGCGAGAGAGGGAGGGAGAGGACUGACCGAUCCGAUUCAUACACCACACCCUGAUGACCGAUUGGUGUGCGCCAGACACACAAUGCGUGGGCUUCGCUUUCAUCUGUAGAAUGGCUGCCUACUUUUUAUAUCUGAAUGAGCCGUGUCUCUCUGUUGCGCGUGUCUGUCUUGAUGCUGACGGUGUGUGUAUGUGUGUAUGCCGUGUGCAGCUGUGAUGACUGACUGACGUGCUUGGCUUCUCGGACAUACAUGUCGGUAGGAUGCAGAAGGUCCGAUUAUUCUAGUUACUAGUCAGGUGUCUGAACACUGCAACCACUGCGAGCGGUAAUGCCGCCCGACCAUCCCCGACUUACCGAACCCUCCUCCCUCAGCCACAUCCCCCAGCCAGCCCAACGAUAAGAGAGAGAAAAGGCAAUUACCUUUGCACAUACACACACAUACACACACAUAUUCACAACGAGUGAUAAACCCGCCAACCCGUCUGUCCGUCAUGAUCAACCUGUCCCUCCCCCAUCCAUCCAUCCAUCCAUCCGUGAACCCAUCCCUCACUGUCGGUUGAAUCAUGCCAUCAUGCACAGCGGAAACCUAGCCGCCCCACACACGGCCCCGAACGGCGGGCAGCAUGAAGCCUUCCCCGGCCUGGCCCGCCGACACCGCCGCCCACACCCCCGAUGCCCACACUGCGCCGGGCAGCACGCAGCUGUGCCCGACUUCUCAUCCUCAGCGAAUAUGCCGCCCAGGUACCUCACGCACACCUCUUCUGCCUCAUGUGGGGUCGGCAGUGCCUGUGUCUGGUUGCUGGCUGUUGAUGUUGACGUUGAUGUGAUGGCGCUGUCUGGUAGUGCUGGCAGCUGCUGCGGCUCUUUGGGCUGUUUGCUUGGUGGUGGUGGGCGUGAGGCGGUCCAGUAGAGGGCCCACGACCGAGAUAAACCGGUGUCUAGCUGCCGGGGACGGUAGACCUGAGAUAAACCGGUGUCUAGGUACUCGUAGUGUGAGGCCCUCACGAAGGUGGUCGUGUUCAUGGUUGUGUGGUUGCCCGUGUCCAGGUGCGGGCAGGGACGAGGCGGACAUGAUGGAUGACGGUGUCCCCGCAGCAGCAGCAGCAGCAGCAGCAGCUGCAGCAGUACCAGCUGAUCACGCUGAUGUCCGCAUGGAUGACGAUGAAUUGCGGGAAGAAUUGAUGGAUGACUGAUGAGUGAGGCCGGAUGGAUCAACAGACACUUUUUUCUGUGACACUGUAUGCUUUGUGAGCCAUGCGCACUCUUGGAUUUUACGCAACCUCAUAGUCAGUCAGUAAAGGAUCUUGUGAGCGUCAUCAACCGUAACAGCAAUCGACAGGGGGCGCACGGACCUCAGCACCUUGUAGGCAUCGACCCUGCAUAAUCACACACACGCGCAACACACACACAGAAACACACACACAUUGAUGGCCGUGGGUGGCGGGCGACGACACGCGACACGAGUGGACGUUGUCCAUGUAAAUGUUUACUUUCGCGCGGGAGGGGCGCUAUGCUGCUCAGCAGAAAAGGAAGAUCGGCGUGUCGGCUGUGUUUUUGAGAGCAUCAUGAAGGAAUCUGCAAUGGAGAUCUCCCGAGAUCUCCCGUGGGGUAGCUGCGUGGCGAUGCCGGCCCGGUCUUUCUGGCGUGAUUGUCAACACCGUUGGGGCCGUGGACCGUCGCAGAACGACAGGGAGUCAUCAGAACGAAGAGGCCGCACAACAACAACCAUCAGCAAUGGCUUGAAGCUUCAGCGGGCCACCCCACUGCGGGGAGGGGGUGGGGGUGGAUGGACCGGGAUGGACUUUUUGGAGGGAGGGUACCGACCCGGUCCAUCGUUGAUAUCGAUGCGAUUUCGUUGGUCUCAGUGAUGAUUGUGGUGUCUCUCAUGUCUCGGCAUCAGCGCAAAGGACGGCAGCUGGGCCCAAACAGCGAAUGCCUCCGUUUCCCCCCGCUGCCCCGGUGAAUCCUCGCCGCCUUCCGACCGCCUUGGCGCCUCCAGCAUUCCUGUCGUCCAAGGCGGAACAAGCGCGGACAAAGGGAGCAGCCAUGGGAGAGCAGAGAGGAUGUAGCUAUAGGGCCAGCCGUCUUUUGAGUGACUGUGUGACUUUUGCUUGCAUGUCGUGCAAUUUGUUGUCGUGUCUCUUUUGGAGAGUCUACGCAAAGACAUACUACAGUGCAAGCAUGAUGUCAUGGCUUUCGAAUAAAUGUCUCAAUC